GCGACAACUACGCGCUCUCACGGCGCGCUAGGGAAUUUUCCGGAAGAUCGCGAGGCCGCCGGUCGCGGGGAAAAACUCCGUCGUGGCCGUCGUGGGUACCGGGCGCGCCGGGCUCCGCUGGGUAGGAGCGGUAGAAGAGUACGCCGGGCGGCCGGGCCGAUCACAGCGCUCUCGAGAACGCAGAGAGUCGGGUGCCAGCGUCCGCCGCCCGCCGCCGCGGCGACAGAGUCAACAUCCGGCGACGCAGAGAUGCGCACGUUUCGGCGCUCGCCGAGAGGAGAAGGACGCCGCGAUCGUGAUUUCGGAACAUGAAAGUGAGAUGAAUGGUCGCGAUACGAGGACGAGGGCCUGAGGAGCGCUGGGCUUCCGGGACAGGACAAUCCACGAGGGCGAUUCGAAAUCCGCCGCCUCGUCUGUGCGCUCGUACGCGAUUGUUUCUCGGCGUUGUCGCGUACUCGCCGCGACAGUCAUCGCCGCCGCUGUCGCAGUCGUCGAUCCGUCGGAGUCGGACGGUCGCGGCGGAGUCGCGCCGAUGCGUCUUGCACUGCGCUUUCCUCGUGAGUGCUGGUGCGCUGCUGCUGCUGCUGCAUCGGAAGCGGCGCGAUCUCGUCGUAGGGCGCGUUGUUACUCGCGCGUACUCCAGCCCGACUCGGAGCAACUCGAAGGCAAUAACGAAGCACGGAGCCGCCGCGUGCAUCUCGCCAGCGAUCCGCGCGGAUCCAUUAUUCCGGCGACACCGUCGCCGCGCCGAGGCGCCGAGGGAGCCGUCUCGCGUCUGAAGCGGCGGACCGGUCCUUCCCCGCCGC